GAAGAAGAAGAAGAAGAAGAAGAAGAAGACGACGACGACGACGUAGUAGGAAACUCCUUUACGUCACUCCACUUUGUGCCCACUGCGCCUCUGCAGCAAGCAGAAGUUAGCCAUCACUGUGCAGGAGACAACUAUGAAGCUUCUACUCUCGUGGCUCUGUCUUCAUACUUUGUUUGUAGGAAUACUUGGACGUACAAACGGAAACGGACCAGAUGUCGUCACGUUGAUCGUGAAACAAGGAAGUGACAUCAUUUUACCCUGUUCACUCAGCACCAAGCAGAACAUCACGUCAAAGCUGUUUGACUGGAGGAAAGAUGGUCGAGACGUGUUCAUGUACGACGGGGGCGACCACUACAACAACGGUCGCUCAGGCCAAGAUGACCACUACAAAGGCAGAGUCUCACAUUUUCCAGGAGAACUGAAGUCCGGCAACGCCUCCAUCAUUAUCCGAAAAACAAAGAUGGAGGACGGUGGAGACUACACCUGUGACUUUCCACAUCUUCAGCCAAGACAAAUAUUCCACAUUAAGCUUGUUGUUGAACGCACCUUUAAAGACAGAUCAGGAGAAAUCACAGGUGCAGCUGCAGAGCCGUACAUCACUAUAGUUGAUGUCUCAGAGGACGGGGUGCAGCUCAAGUGUGUAGUUCGAGGUGCUUUCCCACAGCCGAAGCUAUGCUGGCAGGACAGUGAUGGAAACGUCCUUCCUGCUGAGGAGCGACAGGUCUCUGAAAGAGGAGGUCACUACAAUGUGAGCCUCUACAGUACUGUGACCUCGACUACAACCAACCGCUUCAGCUGUGUGGUCAAACAGGAGGAUAUCAGCCAUAUUGUUAACGCUGAGAUCACUUUACCAGAUAAACUGUUUGAGGACAAGUCCUGCCCAGUAGUCGGUGCGUUGAUAGGUGGAUGGUUUUUUGGAGCUCUAACUGUUGCUGCAGUUUGGGUUCUGUACAUCAUGAAACACCGCAAGAAAGAUUCUCCUCAGACAAAUGGGUCUGAUACCGUUCCACAUGUCUGAUGACUUUACAUCAGAAAAGACUAAAGACCCAGCUCCUUCAUGAACAACUCUGUGCUUAAUGUGCUGUAGGUAGAGAAAAGACAAAAAGACAAAAAAACCCAAAAACCUGCAAUCUAUGUACUCUAAUCAUUGCUUUGUUGCACUGCCUGUUGGCAUUAUAUGCUAUCGAGCCUAAACUUAAGCUUUAUGGUACUUACUCAUGUUGUUACCUCCUGACUAGAUCCCUGCUUGUGUUGGAUCAGUCUCAUAUAUACGUCACUUUGGAUAAAAGCAUCUUCUAAAUGAAAGAUGUAAAUGUAAACUUACCCAGGAUAUCAGGUGAUCUGUUGGACCAGAUCUCUUUCUCUCAGGUUUAGAUUAAAAUCGAUUUAUUAUUACUUGUGUUGUGCCUUAAAUCACCAGCAAAAAAAAACUGAAAGGCAGCUUGUGAAGUGAGACAUGCAUAGUGAUUCUGGACAUUUUCUUUUUUUCUAAAACUGGUUAAAAGCCAAGUAUCAGUGUUUUUAAAUAAGCUUGUGAAGAGUGAUUGACUUCAGUCUGACGUCUGAACAAAGAUGAUUGUAACAGUCCGGAUGAGAGGAAAUAGAAAUAGAAACUACUGUUUGAAAUGUGAGAUUGUUAUUUAGCUGAGAUUCUUCACUGAAGGGAAAUACCGAACCUCUCCUAUCACCUGGUAUAUUCUAUCUUGUUACAUGUAAAUUAUUAUUGUGUCCUUUUAUAUAUCACUGGACAGUUUGUUGGUAUAUUUGUAUUUGAGUUAAUAGCAGCUGUGUGUGACACUGUUGGCCAAGUCAAAUUUUUAUUAUUCAUAUGAAUUGAUAUCUGAAGUGUGUGAGAUGUUAUGUGUCCUGAUGCAUUACUUCAUCAUGGUGCCAAGACUUGGUCUUCCUUUAUGUUUACAAUAAUGCUGAAUUACAAAGACAAGUCAGGAUGUAUGUUUGAAAGAGUGAAGUAUGUCAGUUAUAAUCUGAAACACUGAAGAUUGUUAAACUCAGUUCUCCGAUGUGGUACAUAAAUGAGAUUUGUUCUUCUGUUUUAUGUUUUUUGUUUUUUUUCCAUUUAUUAUUUUUUUAUUAUGAUGACUCAUAUGUGUAGCUCCUGUGCUGGGAUAAACUUGAUGUGUCAGUUGUGGAUGCCUAUAAUCUAUAAUGAAGUCCACCUGUUGUGUAUUGUGUUGAUUUAUACACACUGAGGAAGGGCGCCUGGCCCGAAAUCUCUGUGUGGCAAUUCACAUUAAAAUCAAUUGACUAGGUGUGCUGU